AUGAAGGUCGGCAAGCCCAAAUCAAAGCGCACGCCGGUGCGGCUACGGCACAAGAUCGAGAAGGCAUCCACGGCGAAGCAGAGGAAGCAGCGCAAGGAAGCGAAGAAGAAUCCACAAUGGACGUCGCGGUUAAAAAAGGACCCCGGCAUUCCGAAUCUGUUCCCCUACAAGGCGAAGUUGCUGGCCGAGGUAGAGGAGAAUAAGCGCAAGAAGGAGGAAGAGGUGCAGAGGAAGCGGGAGAUUGCGAAGGCGCAAAGGCAAGGCGUGGCAAUACCGGAGAAGGCUGUCGCUGCAGAAGCGGAUGAGGGCGAGGACGAUGAUGACAUUCUGCUUGACAUGGAGAGUGAUGUUGAGGACGGAGACGUCGAGGCAAUGGACGAGCGGGACGAAAGCAACCCUAUGGCGGCACUGCUAGCCUCUGCGCAAGCUCGUGCGCAAGCAUACGGGCCUGACGACCAAGACGAAGAAGAUGAGGAUGAUGCGGACGAUGACGAGGAGUGGGGAGGCAUUGAGGACAAGAACACCCAUCCAGCACCAGGUCAAGCGACUCGCAAUCCACUGCCCAAGCAAGCACUGGCAGAUCCCAUCAAAGCAGUGUCGGCAUUACUCGACCGCAUGCAGCAGACGACAGACGGCAUUCAACGGCUACUCGAUCACUAUCAGACACCACCUCUGAUGACGGCGGGCACAGACAUGACCUCGAGCUUUUUGGUGGAGGUCGCGAGGAAGCGCGGACGUUUGGGAAAGGGAGGAGUGCCGAACUUGCAGUCUGCAGCACUCGUCGUGUUAAGUGAUCUGAACGAGGAAAGACUGCAGCUCCCAGCGGUUGACACUGUCUCGGAGAAGAAAGCAGUCAGUGCGAAUGGGAAAGGACAGGUGCAGGUGGUAACGCAGUUGGCGCAGCCUUUCCGGAUAGAAGGUUUGUGGGGAGACGAGCCUGAUGCGGGAGGAGUGGGCGUUACAGAGGAGAUGGCUGUGGAAGCUUGA